AUGAAGUUUCAGAGCGCUUUCGUUUUAUUCACUGCUGCUGUCUCGGCCAUAGCGCCGCCGCCGACAUGCAAGGGUUCUACUCCUUCAUACUGCAAGUACACUUCAAAUCGCGACGCCACUGAAUGUCGCCGACUGUUUGCCAAGAACUACAUCAACGUCGCUACAUGCCAGCUUCCAGCAAAGACCGUUACCUCCACUCGUGUCAAACGCGCUACUAUCAUUACUACCAAGACUAUAGCGCCGCCAGCAAGAACUACCAAGCUUUACAAGACUAUAACCAGGACUGGCAGACCUACCACUUUGCCAACCAUCACCGUUACCGCAACGUCAACCGAGAUCGACACAACUGUCGUGACUGACAGUACCGCUAUCACUGAGGUCAAGACAGUCACUGAUACUGAACUCAAUUCUAUGACCAACACCCAGACUGUUACCAGCACCUCAACCUCUUUCCUUCCGUUUUCUGACCCACAAAGCUGUACGCGUAAGAAGCGAGCACGUGGUGUGUCAAUUCCAACCUCAUGCUCUUGCUUCCUCACAGCUACCAAGCCUGCCGUUACCAGGACUACUGUUAUUACCAAGAACAAGCCUGCUAUUACCCACACGGUAUAUAAGAUUAGCGGGCCCCGAAAGGUUAUCUCUCGAACUAUUGUCAUCGUCCGCUACGCUUCUGGCCCGACUAUAUCAGCUCCCGAAACUACUAAGACUAGCACUGCUACAAUCACCCAAACCGACCAUACAAUCACCACUAUCACAAAUUCUCAGACCACAACUACUACCGAGGUCAAAGACGUAACGGAUACUGUUACCCAGACCAAGACUGAGACUGCCACUGCUACAAAAAGUCCUUGUGACAAUAUUGGAAGCGAGGAAGCUAUCAACCAGCAGAUUUCAGGCUCCGUCAUUGAAAUUACCGCUUCUAAAGACGCAUCCGGACCUAAUGCUGCAAAAGUCGGUAACGGCCAGUGCGACGUUUUCAGUACCAAGCCUAGCUUUAGCAGUUCCUGCUCAUCGCCUCUGUGCCCGCGAGGCUUCCCUAAUCUUGACAUUGGGUCGGACGAUGGGUUCGAUUACUAUUUGGGGCCUUGCUUUGGAACCGCUGUAGCCUAA